AUGGUAUGCGCCUUAAGUCCAGUAUUCAAAGAGAUCAUUGAUUACCAGGGUUUUAAACAACUUGAAUUGAACCGUAUAUCCGAAGUGAUCAGUGCGUCCAAUGUCUUCAUAUACCCAUUGAGUACAAACAUAUACACAAUUAAGGAUAAAAUAGAUUACAUCCGGGUUGCCGCGCAAAUGGCCGAAAAACGCAUCCAGGAUGUUAUCACAUAUAUAUCAGAUCUGUGUCCCAACGAUCAGUAUUACCUAUUGAAGUACGGGUGCAGUGAAAUACUGUCCCAGCGCAAAUGGCCGAAAAACGCAUCCAGGACGUUAUCACAUAUAUAUCAGUAUUACCUAUUGAAGUACGGGUGCAGUGAAAUACUGUCCCUCAGACGUGUCACCUAUUAUAAUGACAAAACCAAAUUCCUGGAAAAGAUAUGUCCAGAAUGGGACUGGGAUCUCACUAUAUUGAAUCUGUUAACGACAAUUAUACUGUUCAACCCAAACCGUCCAAACCUAAUACAUAGAGACACUUGUGUGGUGACAAAGGAAUCGCGAACUACCUAA